UGCCAGCGAUGUGUUGUCGCCGUGCGUUGCUGCUUGUCAGUGUAGAUUUGUGCUUCGCUCUGUUCGGUUGGAAGGCGCGCGGGCGUCCAGCAACAACAGCAACAACAGUAACAACAACAGCAGCAACACCCAAGACAAGCGGCCCUGCAACUUCGUCGAGGACUGGGACUUGAGCGAUUUUGAACUCGCCGUCCAUUCAGCUUAGAGUGUUCCGCUCGCACGGUUGAAAAAUACAACCUGAAAAUCGAAGAAAAAAAAAAUAACGUUUUUGGAAUCGUAAAAAUAAAUUAAAUGAAAAAGCUAAAAUCAAAAUCAAAACACCAAGUCCCCCGGCGAUGUGAGGAGAAAUAAUAACAUUUUGUUAACUGUUGCAAACAUUGCGUUUAAUUGUUUGUUUUGGUCGUAAAAUCAAAUUUUAUGACCAGCAACAUAAAAAAGCGAGCGCCAGCAGCAGCAGCAACAACAACUACUGCAGGCCUCACAAAUAAUAAACUAUUUAUGAUAAUUAUAAAAAAAGGAAAAUAAUAACAAAGGCGAGACAAGAAAAAACAAAGUGUGGAGAAAACUUUAACUAAAAACGGGAAAAUUGGAAAAUUUUUGAAAAUUGGAAUAACCAACUGAAAACUGAAAAAAGCCAAUUUGAAAAUAUUGCGUGAGUUUCUGGCGACCGCAAACACCCUGUGAAACCGAAACUGAUUCGAUCCCCUGUGCAACAACAAAGUGACUCUCUUCGCCCGCUCUUUAGGCUGUGUGCGUGUGUGCGUAAGUCUGCGUGUGCGUGUGACCGCUGGCAGACGUCUGUGUGCGUGUGCGGUACGCAAAUAAAAAGGGCAACAAAACUUUACGCAGCUUUGGAUAUUAACAAAAACUCGAAAUCAGAGCCCAUAAAAAAUAAAACAGAAAUUAAAUAGGUGAAAAGGCGUCAAGUGGGGGAGUGAGAGAAAAACAGAGACAGAGACAGAGACAGAGGUCGGUGGGUCGAGGCGAUCGACCCCACUGCACCGCCUUAACCCUCGCCGCCGCAGUUCGAGUGCAACGCGUCCAAGAUAACCGUAAAUAUUCCACCCCUCCCCCAGACCCCAACCAUCCCGCUGGCGUGCGCUCUCUACGACCCCCACGAUGUCUCGGCAGUCGGGUCGCACGCCGCUGCCGGGGCGUGGUGGGGGCAUCACACACACACACCCACUCCCACGUACCCACCGCCCACCCGCAUCCGCACCCGCAUCCGCAUCCCCAGGCGCAUCCCUCGCUACCCGCCAUGCAGCAACACCACCUGCAACAGCAGCAGCAGCAGCAACAGCAGCAGCAACAGCAGCAGCAGCAGGAGCAACAGCAUCUGCAGGAGCAGCAGCAUCUGCAGCAGCUGCACCACCAUGCGCACCACCACCUGCCUCAGCCUCUGCACACCACCAGCCAUCACCACAGCGCGCAUCCCCACCUGCAGCAGCAGCAACAACAGCAACAGCAGCAGCAGCAGCAACAUGCAGUCGUCGCCUCCUCGCCAUCCUCGGUGCUUCAGCAGCAGCAACAGCAAUCGACUCCCACCACACAUUCCACGCCCACGCAUGCGGUCAUGUACGAGGAUCCUCCGCCUGUGCCAAUUGUCGCCGUGCAGCAGCAACAUCUCCCCGCUCCGCAGCAGCAACAACAGCAGCAGCAGCAGCACCAACAGCAGCAGCAGCAGCAACAGCUGGCGACAACACCGGUGGCCGGCGCCCUUAGUCCCGCCCAAACACCCACUGGACCCUCCGCCCAACAACAACAACAGCAGCAACAUCUCACUUCGCCCCACCACCAGCAACUGCCACAGCAACAACAGACCCCAAAUAGUGUUGUCAGUGGCGCCUCCGCGAAUCUCCAGCAACAGCAGCAGCAGAAUGCUGCAGUCGCGCCUGGCCAGACACAAAUCGUUGCGCCGACCGCGGCGAGUGUUUCUCCCUCCAGUGUUAGUUCUCAGAAGGAAGACGUUAAUAUGUCCAUCCAAUUAGCGCCACUGCACAUACCCGCCAUCCGGCCCGGUCCGGGUUUCGAUACGGACGCCUCGGCGGCGGUCAAGCGGCACACGGCCCCCUGGCCCUACAACGAUGAGUUCAACCAGUACCACGCCUCCGCGUCACAGUACUACGACCGCAAGCACAUGUUCUCCUACUACCCAGACACCCAGUUUCAGCAGUACUGGCCGCCCAACUACCGCGCCGACCAGACGACCUCCGCGGCGGCGGUGGCCUACAUGAACGAUGCGGAGCGCCACGUGAGCGCCGCCGCCCGCCAGUCCGUCGAGGGCACCUCGACGUCCAGCUACGAGCCGCCCACCUACUCCUCGCCGGGCGGACUGCGGGGCUAUCCCAGCGAGAACUACUCCAGCUCAGGAGCCUCCGGUGGGUUGUCGGUGGGUGCAGUGGGUCCUUGCACGCCCAACCCAGGACUGCACGAGUGGACCGGCCAGGUGUCCGUCCGGAAAAAGCGGAAGCCGUAUUCCAAGUUCCAGACCUUGGAGCUGGAGAAGGAGUUCCUCUUCAAUGCGUAUGUGUCCAAGCAGAAGCGCUGGGAGUUGGCCAGGAAUUUGCAGCUGACCGAGCGACAGGUCAAAAUCUGGUUCCAAAAUCGGCGCAUGAAGAACAAGAAGAACUCGCAGCGCCAGGCCAAUCAGCAGAACAACAACAACAACUCGAGUAGCAACCACAACCACUCGCAGGCGACCCAGCAGCACCACAGCAGCCACCACCUGAGCCUCGGCCUGAACAUGGGUCAUCAUGCCACCAAGAUGCACCAGUGACCCUUGGACAACAGCAGCGCGGGCGCCAUGGGCUUUGCCACCUACUAGCAGUUAGCCAACCCGAGUUCGGGGAACCCCAACUCGAAUCCCACCCCCAUGUCCGAUCCGAACCACCAUCAUCUGAUCAAGAACGAGCUGGCCAUGGACUUUCCGUGUUAGCCCCAGCGACAGGAUACAGAGACUCCAGCCAGUCCGAGGCCAGACGGUUAAAUGUACAAAGAUCAGAGAUCUCUAGGAUGCAGGAUGGGAGUAUGCAGCCAGGAGGAGGAGGAGGAGGAGGAUGAGUUUCUGCCCAGGAGUGCGCAGGCGUCGCUGGUGUGUGACCGACCGACGUUGAUGGAAAUGCAGUUAAUUAUUAAGUCAGUUCUACGGAUCGCAGAGAUCCACACCCAACACGAUAAUGCAGCUUAGUUCGGUAGUUGAAUAUAGAUACGAGUAAGAUGAAGCAGCAGCAGUAGCAGAUGCACUUGAAAUUCGCAACUGUACGAAAAUAUAUGUAUGUACGUAUUUCUCUCAACGCUCUCAUUAACCUAGGCGAGCACUAUGAAUUUUCCGAACUAUAAAUUAUGAAUAUGAAUAUACUUAAACGUCAGUGAAUAUAACCCCGCAUAAAUUAUGAAUACACGCGUUCGAGUAGUAGAUUUUACCAUAACUAUCCAUGUAAGAGUGGCCAGAAGGCGGCCGAGUAAGGCAGAGAGAAAGCACUUUGUAGACCCAGCUAAAUGUUCUAGAAACAAAACAAAUUGUUUAACAAUUUUCGGACCCCUCACAGCCCCCGCAAGCACACACACUCAAACUUCGCAGUCUAGGAUAAAUUUUGUCGUGUAUUGUUCGUCGUGUCGUGUCCUUUGAUACCUUCUAAGUUCCUGUAUAUAAACUAAGACAUCGCGCUGAUUUUCGGCCGAAGCAAGCACUCGAUAACUAAAUUAAAACAUAUAUAUAUUGCGUACCCGCAGAGAUAUUCAAUAUGUGUACGAUAGGAACUCGAACUCGAUUUUAGCAAAUGGUUACUCGUAAGUCGCAAAAUUUCGAUGAGUGUGUGCAUGUUUACUCCACAGUUGAAGUCGCUUUCGAAUUAAAUUAACUCUUAAACCAAGAAAAAACAAAACAAAACAACUCGUAAAGCUAAAGCAAGAAAAACUAAAGAGAAGUACACCUUACUGAAGUAAGCGAGUGUGAAAACGACGGAGGGGAGAUGUCGAGGCGGAGUAAUUAGCAUACCGUAACAGCUACUUAUAUAACUUACACAUAGUACAUAUAGUAAUCGUACAUAUGCAUACAUAUAUUUUCAUGUGUAUCGACGCCGCUUGAUCCUGAUAUUAAGUCUAAGUUUAGUUGUGUUGUGUAAUUAUCGAUUUUGUUAAUGUUUUGCCCCGAGCAUUAUAUUAUUAUGCUAAACCUAUACCUACACCUAAACCUACACCUAUGCCUAUCAUUAUAUGUGUAUAAUUAGCCUAUACAUACUUGAUGAAGAAAUGAUUUCACCCACUGCUUUAUUCAUGUUCUUGUAUUAUUAUUAUUUCGAGCCCUCGAUAAGUUGUAGUCUAAAGUCGGUUAUGUUUAUGAUUAUGUUCGAUUAUAGUUUGUUUAGUGAAUUUUAAUCUAGCGUUAGCAAUUCUCUUUUUUAAAAAGUUAAUUAUUGUGAAUAAAAUACAGCAAGUUGCAUCAGUGCAAAAAUAUACACACAAUUCAAAAGUA